AUGAAGCUCGAAGAACAACAAGAAAAAGAAUCACACGAUUGUUAUUGUGUACAACUCAAACAGAGUCUAAUCAUGGUUCCAUCCUCUGCUGCAAACGUAAUGCUACCUUCUUUUGAUACCGUUGUGAUGAGCCAUUCUCAACGAGCGACAAGUAGUAGUAGUGGUAGUAGCAAUAGUUUUGGAGUGACCUCUACUCGUUCGAAACCAAACACCACCCCGCACGAGCACUAUCAUGGAAUUCAAAAAUCGAGAAAGAUGUCUUACAAGCUGCCAACGACGAACAUGGAUUCAAAUCAAAGAUCUUUAAAUGGCCACUUCUCCUACAUUGUUCAAAGAAAUAACAACAACAACAAUGGUCGUCCACACAAUAGUAGUACCGAGGCUUUUCCUUCGCAAUGUACUGUUUUGGACCAAAAUCAGAUCCAUACAGCAUCACCUCGUCAUGAACGAACCCAUUCAAGUUAUAAUUAUGUGGUGCUGUUGGAACAAACACAGCCAACAAUAUCAUACGUUGCAGAUCAGAGAACAGAAAAGGUGAAGAAUUCUUCUCUUGGCCUGUGCACGACGAGUCAAAAAGAUUUUGCCCAUCACGACAACCACCAUGAUGACGUUGAACAUUUCCCUCGUCAUCAACUGUUUUUGGACCAACCUCGAACCUUAAACAUGGAUUUACAAGCAGCCUGCUAUGCUCAACAACAACAACAAUUCAACGACGAUCAGCAACACUUCUUGCCAUUACGAGAAAUACAAGCUCAGCAGCACGGCCACAACAUUCCACGAAUACAGAUCAGCAGAUAUUAUGAAGAAACCACCCCUUCAACAACUCCCUCCAACACCACCACCACUGUUACAGUUGCAACUACAGUUGAACCCCAAACAUCAUCCAACAGUUCAAUCUCUUUCAACUCGUUGAAUCAAAAGCCAACCUCUGGAAAGGGUAAUGAAACCCAAACUCCACUUUCAUCUCUCGAUCCGAAUACGAAUUACACGAACCCCACAAACAGUAACAUUAGACCUUCAUACCGCAAAUCAUCCGUUUCUUCAUACUCAACUUCAAUACUCGCAAGAUCAAACCAUACAACGUCGAGGCUUUGCGAGCGAACGAGGGUGAGAGGAAACACUUACAACAAUAGCAGUGUUGUAUCAUUUGUACAUUCUUCCAUCUCUUCGUCGUCGUCUUCUUCUUCAUGCUCCUCUUCACCCACUUCAAGCGGUAUGGUCAAUGCAUCUCGAUUGGCGAAAACACCUAACAAGCAAUUACUCAUUGAUUCAAAUCUCUUAAUGGAUGAAAGUUCCCAUUCCGAGAAUCAACACCCGAGUACUGCUUCCUCACGUCAUCCCAAUUCCAAUUCCAAUGGUAAUUUCUAUACAUUUAUUUCGUUUGAGGAAUUUAUUCAUUCCAAGAGACCUCGUGUGAAGCCUUCCUCGAUCUCAAAAGCUGAAAUGCUUCGUGUCUUGAGAUUUCCUCAAACCAUGGCUUGUAAAUUCAUUGGAUGCAGUCUUUCCACUCUCAAACGACGAUUUUAUGAAUUGAAACAAGAAUUUGGAUUAAUGCGAUGGCCUCAAUCCCUCUAUGAAAUGAAACACUUGGAGAUUUAUCCUCAAGUGAAUCCCAUGAGUUUGGCUUUUAUUUUGAAUGAGGAAGAACCUCAAGAAGAAGCAUUACUGUAA